CCAAAUCCGCUUUUCGUGUCGACCUGUCGAAACGAACCAGCGCAGCACAAAAUUUCUUUCAUCAAUCAGCGCGUGUGGUGUGAAGUAUUCGGUUGUGUGAAUUCUUCCCGUUUUUUAUAUCAUUGCUCUCCGCGAGUUAUCCUAGAUACAAAAAAUCUUGCUACCAGGAAUUGUGAUACUUAUUUUUUAGUUUUUGAGUUUAAUUUAUUUUUUUUAUACCGGAACCGGAAAGAACACAAAUUUUUGUUCCUACUUGCAUUCGGACCCGUGUUUUUCGAGGAAACCCAGUUCAUAAUAAUUUGUUGUAUGAGUCAGAAAGCCGAAAGACCAGUACUAUCAGGUCAACGCAUCAAGACCAGGAAAAGGGAUGAAAGAGAGAAGAAUGAUCCCACGGGAUUCCGUGACGCGGUCAUUGCAGGUCUUGAAGCAGCUGAAGAUCUAGAGCAAAUUUCCAAAUUUUUAGACAGUGCCGGUAACAAGCUUGAUUAUCGUCGCUACGGAGAAGUAUUAUUCGAUAUUCUGAUUGCUGGUGGAUUACUUGUACCCGGAGGUUCUAUCUCACAAGAUGGCGAGAAACCACGUACCGAUCGCUGUCUAUUCGCAGCACCGGAAGACAUGGAAUCGAUGCGGAACCAUGAACAGAUUUUCACACGGCUUAUGCGUCGAUACAAGUACCUCGAGAAAAUGUUUGAGGAGGAAAUGAAGAAGGUCCUGAUCUUUAUCAAGGGAUUCACUCCACUGGAAAGACUCAAGUUGGCUCGUAUGACUGCGUUAUGGAUUGUAAACAAUUCCAUACCGCCGCACGUGCUGCUUGUGUUGAACAACGAGCACCUAACGAAGGAUGGUCUAGCGCUCGAGUUUUUGCUCGAGGUGUUCGUCACCUUCAAGCAGGAGAAGGGCGCAUCCCCGUUGGUAGCGGUUCUGCGCAAAGGUGGCCUCGACAACCGUCUACUGGACUUCUUGCCGAUCAACAAACGCAGUGAGGAAUACCUCAAGGCUGUUUUCAUCGAGAAGAACCUGGCGGACAUCUACAAGCUUCACAUGGCUCAGGCGAGCCAGGAAGCAAAACGCGAAUUGACACAGCUACUGGUCGACGAUAUUAAUGAUAACAAGUCAGCAAAGGAUAUUAUAACCGACGUCAAAGAUAUGUCGGUUAGAUCAAACAUUCCGGAACAUGAAGUCAUCGGUCUUAUUUGGAACACCAUAAUGUCACUAGCCGAGUGGAAUAAAAAGGAAGAAUUGGUGGCUGAGCAAGCUUUAAAGCACCUGCGUACCUACACGCAACUGUUUGAAGCCUUUACCAGCUCCGAUCGCUCGGAGAUGGCUCUGUUGUUGAAAGUACAGGAAUUCUGCUACGAAAACAUGAACUUUAUGAAGGCGUUCCAAAAGAUCGUACUGCUGUUCUACAAAACCGAGGUUGUUUCUGAGGAUUCGAUCCUUAAAUGGUACAAGGAGGGGCAUUCAAACAAGGGCAAAAUGCACUUUUUAGAGCAGAUGAAGAAAUUUAUCGAAUGGCUUCAAAAUGCCGAAGAAGAGAGCGAAUCUGAAGAGGAGGAUUAGAUCGUUUCCUCCCGCAAUGAGAGCCGCCUCCUGAUUUAUAACGAUUAUCGUGCAGAAGCGAUCGGAGAUUUUUGAAACCACACACACACACUCAAAUGCAUACAACACUAUCUACCACGCGAAAUGCAGCAUUAUUUAUUCAUAAACUAUCAUGUAAACCAUUGAGACAAAAAAAGAGAGCUACAAAAUUCUAGCAAAUUGUGCGCGCGCCAAAAACAGAAACCACACAUCCAUGGAAUGACCGUAAAUUUUAACUGGGAUUUAAAACACACUCGUGGAGAGCAUCAAACUCACCUCUAGAUUUCUAGAAAAAAAAGCGAUAGCGAAAAAACGGAAAACCGUUAAAACAAAUUUAUACAAAAAAAAUCGUAAUAAAAAUUGCUAAACAAUAAAACCGAACCGAAAAAAACCCCGAUUGCCAUUUUUCUGCAGAGAGCCCAGCUCAAACGUGUUGAACGAAAAAGAAACUACACCAACACCAGCAAAACUGUUAUAACCAAGCCUACUGUCGAACUGUCGGGAGAAAAUUACGAAUCGUUAUCCGGAGCUAUUGCUGCCUCCAUUGGAAAGAAAGAAAGAAGUCGUGCUUGUUUGGUUGAGGUCAGGCAUGGACAAUUUUUGUUCUUCCUUAGGAAGUAAGUCGACUAGCCGAAACAAUUCUAAAUCAAACGAACUUACUAACCAACAACAGGUAGUCAUUGAUUGAUCGAUUGUUGUGCUGAACCGUUUCGUGUAAGUUUUAGGAUAAUUGAAAACAAAAACACUGCGCUCUCCCAGCAGACAGGAAAUCUCCGGAGAAAUUUCAUACAUUUCAGCAGAUGAUGAUGCUGGUUUCGGGUAGUAGAACAAGACACAUCUUUGAUGCUACCGACGCAAACUAGAGUUUGCGAGUCUUCCACUUUUUUUGCUAACCGAAAUAUAGUCAAGUGAAUACACAACCGUAACAGAAUAGAACAAAAAAGCAACCCAUAUAAACGAAUUAGUAGGUAAAAUAUCAUCAUCCACACAAGACCAAUAAAAACAAAAAUAAUUUCUGGCGAUAGAAUGGCGUGAUGCAACUGAUUUGAAAUAGAGACAGUAAACUUAGCGUCGGAGUUAAGUAAUUAGCAGUUUAAAUAAAAUAUUUUAAAGUAUGCACGA